GCCCUUCUCUAUCCUCCAAGAACUCCCAACAUGCCCAUCGUCGAGCUCGAUCAGGUUGCCGACAAGUCCUUUGACUAUGUCAUCAUUGGCGGCGGGACCGCCGGUCUUACGGUCGCCACACGCUUGAGCGAGGAUUCGAACAAGUCUAUUCUCGUCCUGGAGGCGGGCCAAGACCAUGUCGACGACCCCAACAUCCUGCAGACCGCGCUUUACGCGUCUCACUUUGGCCAGGAUAAGUACGACUGGGGCUUCAAGACUGUCCCUCAAAAGUACGGUGGGAACAAUGUCACCGCGUGGAACCGUGGCAAAGGCCUUGGUGGCAGCUCCGCCAUCAACUUCUCCUGCUGGACGAAGCCGCCGAGGCAAGAUAUCGACGACUGGGAGGUCCUUGGCAACGCUGGCUGGAAUUGGGACGAGCUUGAGAAGUACUACGAGAAGGCUUCGACGUUCAUCCCCUCCAAGCUUUCCGAUCAGGAGCUGUUCAAGCGCGGCGACCACUACAAGCAGUUGUGGGCGUCAGGGUUCGGCAACGGACCUAUCAAGGUUGCCCAUCCGGCUACGCUAUCAGACAUUGAUAUCAAGGUUGCCGAGACGUACCGUAGACUCGGUAUCGAGCCCUCGAGGAACCCGAGCAAUGGCGACACGUCGGGCAUGUAUCUCGGCCCGAAUGCGCUCGACCCCGCCAAGAACCACCGUUCGUAUGCCGCGAACGAGUACUUCUACCCCAACAAGGACCGUCCCAACCUGACCGUGCUCCUCACCGCAUACGCCACCAAGAUCGUCACCACUAACCCGAAGGGAGGCGUAGUCACCGCGACGGCAGUUGAAUUUGCCCACGGCGAUCCCGAGAAUUUCCAUAGGAAGUAUCUCGUGAGGGCGAAGAAGGAGGUGAUCCUCGCCGCAGGCGCACUGAAGUCCCCGCAACUCCUUGAAUUGUCGGGUAUUGGACGUCGAGAUGUGUUGCGGAAGAUCGGCGUUCCGCUUAAGGUCGACCUGGAGGGGGUGGGUGAGAAUGUCCAGGAGCACCUGUACACGGGCAUCACUUUCGAACUUGACGAGAAUGAGCCCGACGAGACGUUCGACCUCCUCCGUGAUGAGGUACAGGCCUCGCGUCACAAGGAGCUCUUUGCGCAGGGCAAGGGCGUCCUCACUAUGGGCUUCACGACCUUCGUCUUCAAGCCCCUUGACGAUCUGUCCGACCGUGCGCCGGAGGUCUUUGACAACGCCCGCGCAUACAUCAAGCAGCUGAAGGAGGAAGGCAAGAUCAACAAGACCCUCGAGGAUCAGUACGAGCGUCACUUGGAUCGUCUGGAGCGCAAGGGGCCUUGCUGCGAGUUCAUCGUGUUCCCUGGGUUCUUGAGCUUCCCGAACCCUCCGGCGCCUGGCAAGCGGUACAUGUCGUGGGUCUUGGCUACGAACCACCUAUUCUCGCGCGGGACAAUUCACUCCACCACGAACGACCCCAAGAUACACCCCGAGUACGACCCGCACUACUGGGAGCACGACAUCGAUACCAAGACCUUCAUCGACAUGGUCCGCUGGGCGCGCAAGGUCGCGAACAGCGAGCCGCUCAGAAGCAAGCUUGCCAAGAAGGAUGGCAAGUUGGUUGAGGUCAACCCCGGCCCUGAGAAGCAGACCGACGAAGAGAUUGGAGACUGGCUGAAGAAGUACUCCGCUACGACGUAUCAUACCUCCAGUUGCUUGUCUAUGCUGCCGCGGGAGAAGGGUGGCUGCGUCGACACCUCGCUGAAGGUGUACGGGACUUCGAACAUCCGCUGCGUCGACCUCUCCAUCUUCCCCAUCAACUUCGCUGCUCACCCUCUCUCUACUGUCUACGCUGUCGCCGAGAAGGCUGCCGAUAUAAUCAAGGCAGAGGCAAAGUAGAAAUACACAUCACGACAUUACGGCUUGCUUUCCAAUGUAUAGAUAGACUGCAUCGCUCUCAAGCAAUAGAAGGAAUAGGUUCAUGAUUGGA